AUGGUUGAAGUGUGGAGAUGUCAGAAGUCAGGCACCGUUGAUGAUGCUGAAACGGAGGCUUGGCCACUCCGACAGGAACUCAACUCCUUGGAGACGGGAUGUUUCAGAUGUAAGCCAAAUUUCGAUAAAGUCCACCACUUUGGAAAACGCGUGUCUCGAGUACCCUCCAACGUUGUGCUGGACCUCCACAGCCAGCAGUUUCGAAAUGUCUGCGAGAACACUCUGACGCUCAACUACGUCUUUCCACACACACUGGGCGACCGAAUGCGAGUUGUGGAAUUCAUGGGAGAGUCGCGCUUGUGCUUCCAGUUCCCCAUUGAAUACCUGAAAUCGCUCAUUACCCAAGAACAUCUUCUGUAUGACUCACUCUUGCGAACUGGCAUGUCCAAUCCGACGCUGGAGUGUCUUCGUAAGGAGCGUCUCCUCGGCAUGAAGAGUGUCAUCGAGCGCUACGAAAUUUGCCUCCGCGCCACCGUCGACCAUGUUGGUCCUAGCUUUAAACGCAGCUUCGAGCGCAAUUGCAGCGAGCUGGACUUUGUACCGACCAAUCUGCACGCAAACCGAAUCGGCCUGUUAGACACCGACAACAGGCUAAUCUCCCACCACGACAUCAUCUCCACCGGCGCCUUCUCGUGUGCUACGGGCAAGUUCAAGUUCAAGGACCUCUUCCAGACAGUGGCUGGCGAGAACCACGGUGCAAACCUCGCCGACUUGGCGCCAACUUCGCCGACGGUUGCGGCAACCCUCCACGUUGAAAGCCACGCCGUGGGCAGGGCCAUUCACCGCAUUGCCCGGGGCGCAGCGGUCGUGGUGCGAAUGACCGGCGAUCUGUCGGAACUGCACUCGCGUCUGCAGGCCGAGGGACAGGCUAGGGUUCUGGCCCAACGCCUCGAAAAGGGUAUGUCGGUUCUGGUGGACCUAUGCAAAGACCUCUACAACGGAAACCCCAUGGCUAAGAUUCAAGACGAAUACGAGGCCUUGUUGCGUCAGGUUAUCGAGCUCGCCACUCUUGACACCAUUGAACACGCCACUCGCAGCUCUUCGGGUACCUCGUCCGUCUACUCCGACGAGGGUCGAGACAAGGAGGUGAUGCUGCGCGAGAUUGGCGCUGGUUCGAGUCGUCUGGAGAAGGCGUUAUCGUGCACGUGGGAGCGCGUUGAGGAGGCCCUCUGGACGGAAAUUCUGACGCACAUAGCUGCCGACGCAGCCGCUGCCGCCACCGCCGCCGCCACUAACAGCAGCAGCACCGGUGUUGGCGAUUCCUCACAGGCUCUCCAUCUUCACAUCGCAUCUAGCGUCUGGGACAGUGUCCAGUACCGACACCACGCAGCGUUCUGUCAGGCACUGACCGCGACUCUCACAGGAGUCGCCUUGGCCGUGACGAGGUGGUCACCGAUGGAGUGGAAGCAGAUGACUAAAUGCGGCGUACCGCUGCACUUCGAGGGCCUCUUGAGUUGCUACGGCGAGGAGGCGGUCAUGCUGGCCAACUGGUGCUGGGCUAUCCAAGCUCUCGCCUUCUGCCAGGUGAUACUGCGUCCGAACGCCGAAACCCAGUCGUCCGAGGCACUGGAUGAUGGUGCCGCUGGUAGCUCCUCGCAACCGCCGCAGGUUCAAGUCGUCGGCCACAACGAAUUCGUCCUCACAAUUCCUCGGUGUGCGUGGGCCAGGGCGCCGAGCGAGUGUCAGGCCCGUGGACGUAUUCGUCUGUCGCCGCAUCCCUACCACUUCAACGUCGGCAUCAACGAACAGCAGACCUUUGCCGAACGAUUGGAACGAGUUGGUAUGCAGUCGUCGAUAAACACUAGAGGCCUCAACAGCUUGCAGGCCUACUUCGACAAGUACACCAAAAAAUUCGGAGCUCCAAACAAGACUUCAACCAACCAGGAUGUGUGUGAUGUCCUAAGCAGUCUGCGAUACGCUCUGGAGUCGAACAAGUCGAAGCCCGUGGAGGUGCUUAAGCUGGCUUCAGAGAUCUCAAUGGCGUUGAACGCGGUCCGGUUCACCUCCUGCAAGUCGGCCAAGGAUCGAACUGGAAUGUCGGUGUCGUUGGAACAGGCACGGUGGCUCCUUGACGUCGAGGGUAUGCACAAGGACAGCUUCUCGCCGGCCUUGAAGUGUCUCCGUAGCACGGGACUGCGGUUGAGCAAUGUGGAGAAAAACAUCAACUCGCGCAAGUACUCCUUCACGCGACUCCAACUGCUCUCCUUUCCACGGGCCUACCGACCACCCUUGGGCACGUACUCGCCCCAUGUUCAGUCGUAA